GGUGUUUAAAUAUCUGAGAAGCUGCUGAUUGACACAGAGAAGAAAACUGCCGGUGAGGAGGAAUAUUCAUUUUACUAUCUCCACAUUGGGCUGAGGAGUAUAGCAGGACAUACAAGUACCAGCGGAUUUAGGAACACAGGAAAGUCUUUUAUAUUUAUUAAGCUAUUUAUACAAAAAACUACUGAUAUACUUAUGGGUGGCACAGUAUAUAUCAUAACUGCGGUCCUCGUUUUUGGCUGGGGUAGUCAAGCGCUAGAUCUUCUGAAGGCAACACUAAGGGAUCCCCCUGUCACUCCCACAGUGCACUGCUGGUGUUCCAGCUAUCCGAAUGUGACGCUUUGCUCCUGGCCAGAACCUCUUGACUCCCAUUCAACACAUUAUAUCGCCACAUACAGUGAGAGACAGAGUAACACCGAUAUGAAGAUGUGCCACCUGAUCCCACCUGGCUCUUCAUCCUCCGCCCUGGCCACAGUACCACCAUCUUCAUCGUCUGAUCAGCUCUGGCACUGUCACCUACCCAGCCUGAAACUUCUCACUGAAUACAUUCUCAACGUCACGGCAGUUCAUUCCGGGGGAAGCAGCUCUCACAUAACAAGUUUCAUGAUGGAGGAUAUUGUGAAACCAGAUCCUCCUGUAGAUGUCCGAGUUACUUCUCUUACUACCAGAAACCUAUUGGUGGAAUGGUCUCCUCCCCCUACGUGGAAAAGCAUGGACAUCUUCCCUCUGAAGUACCAGCUACUGUACCAGUGGAAAACCAGGGGCACCCCGAAGUCUCUCAAUCUGGGUCCCUUUGAGAACAACAAGGCCGAAUUGAAGGGAUUGAUCUCAGGGAGGACUUACCAGAUCCAGGUGUGUGCUAAGGAGGUGCUGGGCCUGGGGCAGUGCAGCGACUGGAGUUCGCCUGUUAACGUCACAAUACCAACAACAAAACCAUAGGAGCCUCCUCUCACUUUUAUUUUCAUGCACUCCGUUGUAAACUACCAUGAAAGCCAGUGUUAUUAGCUUUAUUUAUGAUCACGUGGACAGUGCAAUUCAGAGUUGUUUUAUUUAUGAUGAAAUGUAUUAAAAAGCAGUGUUGUGUAAAGUACUGAAUCUCAGAGUCAAGUAAAAGUAUAAGU